AUGUCAUGUAUCCUAAUGUCACCUGCGGUAGCAUGAAAAGGCUAUGCGCCUCAUGAAAUAAAUUACACAAUAUUUAACAAAAAUGGACAACUUUAAUUUCGGUGGGUCGCAGUUAUCGCGAAAUGAAAUCGUUCAGCUACUUCUUCGAGUGUCCAUUGCGUCUGUCAUCACAUUUUAUUCGGUGAAAUGGAUGAUGAACCAACUUGAUCCAACGAGCAAGAAUAAAAAGAAGGCCAAGUUGCGUGCUGAAGAACAAUUGAAAAGGCUAGGCGAUCAGAGUGGUUUCAAAGUGAAUCCACAACAAUUUAAUGACUAUGAACUUAUGAUUGCCACUCAUUUAGUUGUGCCUGCAGAUAUAACAGUGAGCUGGAAUGAUAUUGCUGGUCUCGAUGAUGUUAUUCAGGAAUUACGAGAGUCUGUUGUGUUGCCAGUGAGACAUAGAGAUUUAUUUAAUCAGUCCAAACUGUGGCAAGCACCAAAAGGUGUAUUGUUGCAUGGACCACCAGGUUGUGGUAAGACUUUAAUAGCAAAAGCAACUGCAAAAGAGGCUGGUAUGCGCUUUAUAAACUUGGAUGUGGCAAUUCUAACUGAUAAAUGGUAUGGUGAAUCACAGAAAUUGGCAUCGGCAGUCUUUUCGUUGGCUAUCAAAAUUCAGCCCUGCAUAAUUUUUAUAGAUGAAAUCGAUUCAUUUUUGCGCAGUCGCAACUCGAAUGACCAUGAGGCUACUGCAAUGAUGAAAACUCAAUUUAUGAUGCUAUGGGAUGGACUUAAUACAAAUUCGAAUUCAACGGUUAUUGUUAUGGGCGCAACUAAUCGUCCGAAAGAUUUAGAUAAGGCUAUCAUACGCCGCAUGCCGGCUCAGUUUCAUAUCGGACUACCGACCGAAGUCCAACGAUUACAGAUUCUAAAAUUGAUUUUAGAAACUGAAUGUGUACAUAAUGAUGUUGACUUUAAUCGUUUAGCAAAACUAACAAAUGGGUUUUCUGGUUCGGAUUUGAGAGAAAUGUGUCGUAAUGCUUCAGUCUAUAGAAUGCGUUUAUUUAUGCGUUCUAAUGAGAAUCAAUUUUCUGGAUUUUCGACUCAAUCCGUUGAGCCAUCGACAUCGGCAAACGCUGCUGUCGAAUUGAGCAAUCCCUUAAUUGCCAUUUCUAUGGAAGAUCUCCUUAAAUCAUACGAUAAAAUGAAGGAAUCAAAGUUGCACACCGGAAAUUUAUUUAUGGAAAAUCGAAUAGAAUUAGAUUAGAGCCAGUUAAUGUUUUAAAUAUAUAUAGUUUUUUGAAAGUUACACACGUACACGCAUUCAUACUUAUAAAAUAUUCACAAAGUGAUUUAGGUUCCAAAUUAUUCGAAAUGCAUAAUCUAGUUUUAAAACAUAUAUCAAUUUGUUUUAUACAUUUGUAUGUACAAAAUAAAAACAUAUAGUAGUGCACUAUUAUCUGCGCAGUAAAAUAUAUACACGUUUAAAACAUUUACUUGAAAACGAAUAUUUAGUAAAAAAAAACAAAAUGUAUUCUUGCGUCGCAGAUAAUUAAUUUGGAUGUUACUACGAUCUUAUUAUGAGUAAAUAAAAUAUUAUGGAAUCGUUAUAGAA